AUGUGGGGACCUUUCAACUUCACAUCGCCCCCAGAUAGCUUCCACAGCUGCCACUGGUUCUAUUCUUGGGAAAUGGAGAGCUUUGACGAUGUUUCUCUAAUCGGACCAGUUUCUCAUGAACCGCCCUUUCAUGAUGAUCAUCUACCACUCCCAUCCGCUGACCCGUCAGAGAGUUCGGCCAAAUCGGAGCUCACAGUGACACCGACCUCAACCAUAACGCCAAGUACGUUAUCAUCUUCGCGGAUUGAACGCACUGAUGAUGCUGGAUUGGUCGAAGAUGCCUCUGUCGUAUCAGAAUUUCCCCCUUUGCCUUAUAACCCCUCACCGGGGACUCGCAUCGAAGAGGAAGGCGAUGGGGAGGACGAAGAGCCACGUGUAGCGACCUCAUUUGAGCGAGAGGCAUCCGCUACUUCUGCGCAGAAACAUCGGUCGAUACCGGACAAUUCAGAAGACGAAGGCAUCAAUCGUAUGCAUAAAUUCACACUCUACGAGACCGCGACUCGAUUUUAUAUGGUUGGAAUCAAUCUUGCGGAGACCCGUUUUCGGAUUCUGAAGAUCGACCGUACCUCUGAGUCCGGUGAACUGAGCAUCACCGAGGAUGAUAUGGUUUAUAACAAAAGGGAGAUGGUUCAGCUGCUGGAUGCGAUCGACGACGGAAACAAGAGCUCUGGCGGGCUGAAACAGAAAUGCAGUGCAUGGGCCUUGCUUGGAUUCAUCCGGCUCACGGGCGCGUACUAUAUGCUUCUUGUCACUAAAAGAAGCCAAGUCGCCAUGGUUGGUGGUCACAAUGUUUACCAGAUCGACGAAACGGAAUUGAUCCCUUUGACCACCUCUGAAUCUUCACACCUUAAAGCUGAGAAGCAUCCAGAGGAGGCACGAUAUAUUGCGAUCUUGAACAAUCUCGACUUGUCGCGAUCCUUUUACUUCAGCUAUUCCUACGACAUCACUCGCACACUUCAACAUAAUAUUACCCGGGAACGCAAGCUUUAUCAGGAUGGAAAACCGCAGCCGUUUUCGCAAGACUACCAUUCCAUGUUUAUCUGGAACUACCAUUUGCUUACACCUGCUGCUGAAACCAUCAAAAAUCCUUAUGAGUGGUGCCUUCCCAUCAUCCAUGGGUAUGUAGAUCAAUCCAAGAUGAGCGUUUACGGCCGGUUAGUCUACAUCACAAUUAUCGCCCGUCGCUCUCGAUUUUUUGCAGGCGCGCGUUUCCUCAAGCGAGGUGCGAAUGACUUAGGAUAUGUUGCCAACGACGUGGAGACCGAACAGAUUGUCUGCGAGCAAGUAACCACAUCCUUCCAUUCAGCUGGCCCAGUACUCCAUGCGAAUCCUCACUACACUUCUUUUGUUCAACACCGUGGCAGCAUACCUCUUCAUUGGACCCAAGAGAAUACAGGUGUAUCACCAAAGCCGGAUAUUGAACUCAAUCUAGUUGAUCCGUUUUACUCAGCUGCGGCACUGCAUUUCGACAACCUUUUCAAAAGAUACGGAGCUCCCGUCUAUAUUCUGAACUUGGUCAAAUCUCGAGAACGAACUCCGAGAGAGUCGAUACUUCUCAAGGAGUUCACGGAUUGCGUGGCCUACUUGAACCAAUUUCUUCCCGAGGACAAAAAGCUUAUUUACGAGGCAUGGGACAUGAGCCGUGCGGCCAAAAGUCGGGAUCAAGACGUGAUUGAAAUAUUGGAAGGUAUUGCUGGGAGCAUUAUUCCCAAGAUUGGAUUCUUCAAGAAUGGGAACGAUGCGGAAUCCGGCCUGCGGCUUCAAGAUGGUGUCGCAAGAACGAAUUGUAUCGAUUGCCUUGACCGAACGAAUGCUGCACAGUUUGUCAUUGGUAAGAGAGCACUUGGCUAUCAGCUCCAUGCUCUUGGUAUCAUAGACGAGACAAUGGUCGAGUAUGAUACAGAUGCUGUCAACCUCUUCACCAACAUGUGGCACGAUCAUGGAGACACCAUCGCUAUUCAGUACGGCGGGUCCCAUCUGGUCAAUACAAUGGCUACCUACCGCAAAAUCAAUCAGUGGAGCAGUCACUCUCGUGAUAUGGUAGAAAGUUUCAAGCGGUACUACAACAAUUCUUUCUUGGAUGCUCAACGCCAAGAAGCAUACAACCUGUUUCUCGGAAAUUACAUCUUUGCGCAAGACACUCCAAUGCUUUGGGAUCUCUCUUCCGACUAUUACCUCCAUCACACCAACCCCAAGUCUCACUCAGAGAGAAAGAAGCCCAACUACAUCUCUUGGUACACCCCGGAAAACUUGAACAAGAGGGAAAUGCCACCCCUCCCCUUCCAUCCCAAAGAGCCACUCUCACGCUUUGACGACUACUGGCUGGAAUAUUACCGACCGCUUGCCCUUUCCUCGCUCUCCAAGGUCUUCUCUUGGAAAAUGAACUCUACAUCCCGCUACUUGCCCCCAGUCCGGCCCGGACAUCCAGUUCCUGACCUCAGUCCUUUCGUUCCGCGUAUCCCCCCAGAGCAAAUCCAGAGAGAGCGCGUGCCCCAGCGCAGCGUAAAGAUCCAGGAGCCAUCCAGCACCCGAAGUCGGGCUUCAUCAGGCGCAACACCGACCCACCAGCCUCCAUCAUCUACUAAGAACCCCCCUGCCACGGGUAUCAUCAAAGAACCUACUUUUGAAUUCCAUCAAGCAUCAAAUGUCCCGCCUAUAAAUCCUCCCACUACCAGAUCUAUUCCCAGCAAAGCCGAGAUUGCUCAAUGGACACUCGGUCAGCUCACCAAUGACUCGCUGAAUCCCUCUGUCACCAGUGCCGAGGCAGAAGAAUACGAGAGGUACAUCAACCACCCACUGAAGGUCCCGUUAGUUGUCACAUCUGAAGAUGAAAUGACAGCCGCCUCACUGCGAGACCACGGGUAUAAUCUCGAUCUCCUCGAAUAUGCAAACAAGUGUAACGUGGAGGAAUCGACUCUUGAGGCUAACGCGGAGGAAAACAUGGCUGACUAUGCUGAGUUUUUGAACAUCUCGGACGAUGGUCUUACCGUGGCUGGUGAGGAUUAUGAGAAGAAGAGGUAUAAACGGUACCGCCAAUGGUUGCGCGGGAAGAGUCUCUUUAAGCAGCGUGUUGAUCCAUGA